AUGAGAGAAGAGAGGGUUAUUUUCGGGUAUAAAACACAGAAUUUGUUAGCUUAUCGUUAUCAGUUCCGGCACCAGCAGUUCCAAGAGCAGUCAACAGCAGAACAGUCUUCUCUACCAAACAGCCAACCAUCAAAUUAUCAAACUUCUUCAACAAAUAGCAACCACUCAAAAGAUUGUCAAAACAACUCUAACAAAAUAGAGACCAGCCAUCAUACUUCAAUACUUCCAAUACUUCAAUUUCCACAAGUCAUAAUAAAAAAAAAAAUGGACCCAUCGUUAAUUACAGAAAAAAUCGACGCUAUCAUGGCUCAGCGAAAGGAAAAUGAUGAAGGGAUGAAAAUUGUCAAAUCCAAUUUCCGAAAAAAUAUCAAAAAUAUUAACAUUAAAAUAGCGAAAGCUAACCUUAAAACAACUAAAGAAAAAUUAAUAGAAGAAAAACAAAAAAUAUUAAAUAAUUAUAAAACUUCAUUAUACAUUGAGUUCCUUUGUGAAAAAAGUACGCAAAGAGGACUCAGUGAUUUAUAUGAACAAUUAGAUAAUAUAUAACAUAUAUAUACAAUAUAAUAAAUAUACAAUAUAUAACAU